UUGAGGCUCCCUGCGUGUGUCUAUAACUUUGUGCUGCUGCCGCGGCCGCCCUGCUCGGGGAAGGGAGGAGGAGGAAUGUGGAAGGCGGCGGCGCGCAGGCUGACAGGAGGUUCCUCCGGCGGGCUGCUGCGGCGGCCCAAGCGCCCCUUCGUCGCCGUGUCCUGGGCUCGCUCGGAAUCGUGCGCCCUCCCGCUUCGUCCCUGAAGGGAAGGAGCCGAGGCAGCCGGAGCCCGAGCCUUCGCGGCGCCCUGGUCUUCUCCCGCCGCACCCAGCCUGGGCGCGAGAGGACAGCACGAGAGCCCGAGCCGCGGGCGGCGGGCAGGCGGCGAAGAUGGCAGAGGCAUCAGCCUCCCAGGUCCCGCUCUCUCCGCUGGAAGUGGAGCUGGACCCAGAGUUCGAGCCCCAGAGUCGGCCGCGCUCCUGUACGUGGCCCCUGCAGAGGCCGGAGCUGCAGGCGAGCCCGGCCAAGCCCUCGGGGGAGACGGCCGCGGACUCCAUGAUCCCCGAGGAGGACGACGAUGAAGACGACGAGGACAGUGGCGGCCGAGCCAGCUCUGCCAUGGUGAUCGGUGGCGGCCUGAGUAGCACGCUGGGCUCAGGGUUGCUCCUCGAGGACUCAACCAGGCUGCUGGCUCCCGGAGGGCAGGACCUCGGGUCCGGGCCAGCGUCCGCGGCAGCCGCCCUGAGCGGGGGCACGCAAACGCCACUGCAGACCCAGCAGCCACUGCCACCGCCGCAGCCGGGGGCGGCUGGGGGCUCCGGGCAGCCGAGGAAAUGCUCUUCGCGGCGGAAUGCCUGGGGGAACCUGUCCUACGCCGACCUGAUCACCCGCGCCAUCGAGAGCUCCCCGGACAAACGGCUCACUUUGUCCCAGAUCUACGAGUGGAUGGUGCGCUGUGUGCCCUACUUCAAGGAUAAGGGCGACAGCAACAGCUCGGCGGGCUGGAAGAACUCUAUCCGGCACAACCUGUCACUGCACAGCCGAUUCAUGCGGGUUCAGAAUGAGGGGACCGGCAAGAGCUCCUGGUGGAUCAUCAACCCUGAUGGGGGGAAGAGUGGGAAGGCCCCCCGCCGACGGGCUGUCUCUAUGGACAACAGCAACAAGUACACCAAGAGCCGUGGCCGAGCAGCCAAGAAGAAGGCGGCCCUGCAGGCUGCCCCAGAGUCAACAGACGACAGCCCUUCCCAGCUCUCCAAGUGGCCCGGCAGCCCCACAUCCCGCAGCAGCGAUGAGCUGGAUGCGUGGACAGACUUCCGCUCACGAACCAAUUCGAACGCCAGCACAGUUAGUGGCCGCCUGUCGCCCAUCCUGGCAAGCACAGAGUUGGAUGAUGUCCAGGACGACGAUGCUCCACUCUCCCCCAUGCUCUACAGCAACUCUGCCAGCCUGUCACCCUCUGUGAGCAAGCCGUGUACUGUGGAGCUCCCGCGGCUGACUGACAUGGCAGGCACCAUGAAUCUGAACGAUGGGCUGGCUGACAACCUCAUGGAUGACCUGCUCGAUAACAUCGCGCUCCCACCAUCCCAGCAGUCACCUCCUGGGGGGCUUAUGCAGCGGAGCUCCAGCUUCCCGUACACCGCUAAGAGCUCUGGCCUAGGUUCCCCCACCAGCUCCUUCAACAGCACCGUGUUCGGGCCCUCGUCUCUGAACUCCUUGCGCCAGUCACCCAUGCAGACCAUCCAAGAGAACAAGGCAGCCACCUUUUCUUCCAUGUCACACUAUGGCAACCAGACACUCCAAGACCUGCUCACUUCGGACUCACUCAGCCACAGCGAUGUCAUGAUGACCCAGUCAGACCCCUUGAUGUCUCAGGCCAGCACUGCUGUGUCUGCCCAGAACGCCCGCCGGAAUGUGAUGCUUCGCAAUGACCCGAUGAUGUCCUUUGCUGCCCAGCCUAGCCAGGGGAGUUUGGUCAAUCAGAACUUGCUCCACCACCAGCACCAAACCCAGGGCGCUCUUGGUGGCAGCCGUGCCUUGUCAAGUUCUGUCAGCAACCUGGGCUUGAGUGACUCCAGCAGCCUCGGGUCAGCCAAACACCAGCAGCCGUCUCACGUCAGCCAGUCUAUGCAAACCCUCUCGGACUCUCUCUCAGGCUCCUCACUGUACUCGGCUAAUGCAAACCUUCCUGUCAUGGGCCAUGAUAAGUUCCCCAGUGACUUGGACCUGGACAUGUUCAAUGGGAGCUUGGAAUGUGACAUGGAGUCCAUUAUCCGUAGUGAACUCAUGGACGCCGAUGGGUUGGAUUUUAACUUUGACUCCCUCAUCUCCACACAGAGCGUUGUUGGUUUGAACGUGGGGAACUUCACUGGUGCUAAGCAGGCCUCAUCUCAGAGCUGGGUGCCAGGCUGAAGGAUCACUGAGAAAAGGGGAAGUGGGCAAAGCAGACCCUCACACUGACAGAAGACCUACAGAGAAAACCCUUUGCCAAAUCUGCUCCCAGCAAGUGGACAGUGAUACCGUUUACAGCUUGACACCUUCGUGAAUCCCACGCCAUUUUCCCAACCCAGCAGAGACUGUUAGCAGCCCUGGCCCUGGGUGAAGCCCUUACCCGUGGAACAGAACUCUAUAAUGUAUGCAAAAUCUAACUCUGAGUGACCUGCCAGCGAGGACAGCACCCUUCAGCACCCCCGUGUUUUCCUUCUGAGCUCAGCGGGUGCCCCAAAGGCCAUUCUCCAGUGCUCCACUGUCAUGGUGGUUUCUGGGAUAGGUUAAGCUUUGUUUUGUGUUGGUUUCCCUUGGACCCUCUGAGUUUUUUACCCAUGGUAACUUGCAGUAUUUUUCUGUUGAGAAGGCUAACCGCCCCUCCCCUAGCACACUUAAAAGCAGGAAAGCACCAGAACCAGUUCUCAGGCUGGCUUGGAGCAUCACAAGCUUUUGAGCCCACGGAACUCCACAAACCUAACACAUUACAUAAACUAAAGGGGGUUUUCUUUUUCCUUUUUUGUUUGGUAGAAAAUUAUCUUUUUUUAAAAAAAAAAAAACUGAACAAUGGCACAAUUGUUUCCUCUGCGCACCCGUCCAGAACUGAACUACGCGUAGGCAAAGCAAAUGGAGUCAGGCAUCUGACCCAGAAGUUUCCCGUUCUGAGUCGGGGUGGUCUGUGGACGGGGACUCCGGGGCCCACCCUACAGCUGCCUGGUCAGUGUAGGGCUUCUGGUCCCGUCCUUCGCCGCAGCUAAUGCAGUAGACAGUGUCUGCUCUUAGGAACCAGGACCUCUUCAGGAAAGUUCAGCUACUGCUCAUUGCCAAAUGCCACUAGGGGCUUAGUUUCAAGGAGAGAGAGAAAAGGAAUAUGAGCCGGUUUGCUUCAUAGAAGGUAGGGGAUUACUGGUGAGCCAUUAGGUCAUGCCGUGAGGAACGUACGAAAUAGGCAAGCCAAGUCUGCACCGAGGCAGGCCCGACUUCACUGUUUUUGAAACAUGCACAUCUUUUGAUUACUUUCAGCCUUGCUGUGUAGACUCUGAUCUUUCUAGAAGUGUGUGAGUGACAGGCAAUAGCAUACAAGGUGAUAUAUAUAUAAGCUUAGGUUGUAAUUGUACAGGUGACACUUGGAAAUACAAGCUAAGGCCAUUUAAACUUUUUUUUCCAAACUUUCUGCUUCUGUGGAUCUCAUUUUUUGUUUUGUUUUCAAAAAGUUGUGGUGCUGUAUAGGUGCUUUCUGUUUAACCUGCAAAGUGUGAGUGUACUCGUGACACCUUUGGUGGACAGUUGGGGACACCUUUGGUACGUAAGAAACUGGUGUGGUGAUGCCCUGGUUAGCACAGCAUACAUGCACUUCUCCAAAGUGAUAUACGAAGACUCUUUUCUUGCAUAAAAAGCAUUAGGCAUAUAAGUGUAUAAAUAUAUUUUAUCAUGUACAGUACAAAAAUGGAACUUUCUGCAUGGUGUUAGGAAUGUGGGCUAAUGUUCCAGCACGGUUUCCCUGCUCGAGUUCUUGCUGUUGCUCGCACUGUGGCAGUGGGCACCAACACAGGCGUACCACCAGCCCCCUUGUGCACCUCUGCUUUCUGACUCCCCUGGGGAUGACGUCGGUGGCAGUCACAGCUCCUAGCAUAAUGAGAGUUCCAUUUGGUAUUGUCACACGUCUUUCCUGCCUCGCCUGGAUCAUCACAUCUGAGCAAGGGCCCUGUCGAUUUCAGUCCGCCUUCUCCGGAAUCCGGACAUUGUCACGCAGUUGUGGCUGUACUAGACCUCUAGCGCAUUGCUUUAUCCAAGCUGCUCCGCGUUUAUAGUCUUCAUUUUUAAAGUCUGAUUUUGAAAAUGUGUGUAGUAGUCACGUGGUCUGCUUGCCAGCAGGCCGUACCUGCUUAUUUCAUUCCUUUACGGUGAUGUUAGCCACUCCCCGACUCUUCAGGAGUCCGCUGUCCACGCGACCUGUGUCAUUUCAGGCAGAAGGCUGGUGGCCUCGCUUCCCAGGGUGCUGCUUCCUUGGUGGGGUGCAUGGGGGUAGCAGCUGAGGGAGCGGAGAGAGCUCAGGUACAAGGGAGAACCCCAAGUGCUUCCAACAGGAGGGCCCUGAGAAUUCUCUCCCGAGCUUAAAGAAGAUAGCUGCUGGGCUGUGCAGUUUACAGGCGCUGGGAGUGAGAGAGGCAGCCCUCCAGUGUGUGCCCCUAGUUUGAAGACGCUGAAGUCCUUUUAGACACGUGGCUUCUCAUUUAUUUUCUUUCCCAGUGUUCGUUGGAUGUCAGGCGCCAAGUUUCACAGAAUGUCCUAGAAACAGAUUAUAAGUUGAAGCAAGGGCAGUGUGAGGCCAGGGUAGGCUCAGCAGAUCAGAAAAGCAGAGGCAAAAUGCUUGGCUAUAAUUUACCUUGUAAAAUAAUACAGAGUUGUGUGGAGAGCUGAGGCCUGCCAGGCCCAGGACCCUUGCACACUCACCCUCAGGGGCCCUACACCAACAGGCCGUGCUCCCCUAAGAAGCCCAAUUCUAUGGUAGUCAGAAUCCACAGAGGUGAAGCCCGGGUCCUCUGCACCUGCUGUGGGAACCCUGCUUUCAUUGUCUGCCGAGUGCUCUGCAGAGAAUCUGAGCAGAUGAGCACAUGAGCUCCCAGGCUGGGCCAGCUGCCGUGAUGGCAUCCUGAUGAGAAAUGGCUGUGUGAACCUUCAUAGGGAGUCCUGUCCACUGGUGACAGGCAGUAGUAGACAGCGGGGUGCCGACUGUUGAAGACUGAAGCACUCUCGGGCUCCGUGGUUCUCUUCGUCACCAAAGCUAGAGAGGAGCAUAUGCAAGCCCUCUCCAUCCUGGCGUUGGGCUCCUUACUGAGUGCAUCUGAGGUGGGCUUCCCCUUGUCCUCUGCAUGUAAUGGCUGCUAAAGCCCAUAGGAUUUUGUUCCUAAGUCUCCUGCUAAUGGAGGACCAUGCACACAGGGGGAGCACAAAACCUUGUUUCUAGGUUGACGAUCAGCAUCGUGUGUGCUGCUGUCCCAGCCAGAAGAGAGGACAUCUUGGCUCACUCCCCAGGAGAGGCUAUGUCCCCUCUCAGGUGUGACUUCAACCUACUUCCAACCCGCGUACAUGUUCAAAGUCACAGGGACAGCAACUUUGCCUUUUCCUAAGGAGCGCCAGCCGCUGAACGAACAAGCAGCAUUUGAGUCUUUUGGAAAAGCCCUUCAAGAGUAAAGCAGAGAGAAAGCAAGCCUUCCACCUGUCCCUUGGACUGAGGGGACACAGAGACAGUUCCUUUUUCUCUCUAAAAAACCAAAGGUGAUACAGAAUGGGUUCCCUUUUUCUUGAUGUUUCUGGGGGACAGCAUAUGAUCAGGCACAAUAAUGUUCUUUUUUCAAUUAAAAGCAGACCUUUUGUAGAAAAGCAAUCACGGGUACAGGGGUACAGUGAAGUCAGCUGUGGGAGCGGGGACAGCAGGGGCCCAGGCCAUGAGGUGGGAAGGAUGUCUUGUGGGAUCCUGUCUGUCAAACAUGACCUGAGAGCCUGGGUCACUGACAAGAGUGUGUGGCAUUUUAACUAAAUCCUCAGUGUGUAACAGGCAGAUUCGAUGAAUGAAGCAUUUUCUCUUGUUGAGUUUUAUGCAUUUGUAUUUUUCUUUCAUGAGUUAUGAUUACAAGGCCUCUGCCACACUCCAGGAAUACUUGUGCAGCUGGUAAAAAAAAAAAAAUGUAUGUGUCUGGUCACUUAUUUCUCUAAAGUUAUCUCCUUGCCUGGCAAUCAGCCUUGUAUACUUGUCCUAGCAUAUCAUGUAUGUGGGAAGUGUGCACAGAUGUGAAGGAGACUAGAAGAAUUGUGAAAUGUCUUGUGCAUUCGGGCUUCACAUGUUUAACUUUUUUUUUUAAGAAAAAAAAGUUGCAUGAAUGAAAAAAUAAUUCUGUAUACAGUUUCUGUAAAAAUGGCUUAUCUGUUUUGAUUUCUUGCUUCUGCCCCCGCACAAACUAGAAUUUAGUGUGGCGUGUGGCCAUAUUCAAACACCUAAGAAGCAGUUCAUCGUUGGGUUCGAAGCAGCUCAUCCUCGCAACGCUACCACUAUUGUGCUGCAUUCUGAGUCCUGAGGACCUUGUCUCAAACAUUGCCAUGAAUUAGCCCUACCGCCUUUCUUCUCAAGGAUCAACCAGUUUGAUUUGCAAAACCGCCCCUUUCCAGAGAUGCUUACUUCCCUGGUGUCUGUAGAUAUUGCCUGUGUAUUCCAUUUACAACCAUAAUCUAGUUUGUAAAAGCAAUGGUGACGCAUGUAAAUAAAGCAUUGAUGACACUCUA